AUGAGAGAUUUCGAAGAUAGUUCAGUAAUAAAAUUCCUAACAAAGGAAGAGAAGCAGCAAAAGGAAAUCCACAAGAGGUUGGAUGUUGUAUAUGGUGAAGAUGCACCUUCAUACUUUAAAGUAAAAUUUUGGGCCAAGCAAUUUAAGAGGGGGAGAGAAUUGAUUGAAGAUGUCCCACAUUCAGGGCAGCCUGUGGAAGAACAUUCAAAGAAAAUGUACCAAAAAGUGGAGAUAAUAAUUUUUGAAGAUCGUUGUGUUAAGAAAAUUGUCUGCUGUUGCUCCUCAACAAAGUGCCUGCACACGUCAUGCAAACGUCAUGCAGUUAAUCAUCCACCAUUCAGUCCAGAUCCACCUCCCAGUGAAAUCUUCCUGUUUCGAAACAUGAAAACAUUUCCAUGUGCCCAACCAUUUCCUGACAAUAAAGCAGUUAAGGAAGCUGUAAUUGGAGGAAAAUUAACUUCUGGAGGCAAAAUUGAAGUGAGUGGUGCUAUAAAUGGACCAAAUCGAGUCCCUCUAGCAAAUUUAGCCUUUGUAACAACUGUUGUAGAACCAUCAGCCAAGUCCUUCACUGCCAAAUUGGCUGGAAGAGUUAAUCGGGCGUGCGUGGGUGGUGCUGCAGUUGCUAUUGGCAAUUUGACAGCAAGGAACGCACUGUUUUCAGAUGCACAUUAGGAGUAAUCGCAUCCCUGGGUGAAACCACUCUCUACAAUCAAUGAUGAAUCAAUUGCUUCUCAAAAUAUUCAAAGCUAUACCUUUCAUUACUCUUGUAUACUCCUUUUGGGUCUUGUAUGCGUGCUUGGGCAUCCUACAUGAUUCCCAACAAAAUAAUUUCUUCUUCUUAUUUCUGUCAUUUCAAAUAUACAUAAACUGGAUCACUGUUGUGUGUGUAACAUCCAGUUGCACAAAUAGUGGUGGCAUUUCAUCACAGUAUACUGGUGGAGACAAAGAAACUGUUACCGUUAACUUGUUAAGUAAUGAAACAAGACCAUGGAUCGACAGCUCUCCUGCCCUCAGUUAUGAAAGCCUCCAUAUGAAUGAACAAUUCUUAACAAAACUACAAAAAAAAAAUGAUCACAAUAGUGUGAGCAGUGUUGAAGAGGAUUUUAACGUAGACACAAAUACUGUUUGGUAUUGCCCAAAGUGCUGUCAGCGGUCAUCGCAAAGUUGCUAUCAUUGUCCUGUAUGCAACAAAUGUGUGGUAGAACGAGAUCAUCAUUGUUUCUUUUUAGGCACAUGUAUAACAAGGCAGAACAUGAAACAUUUUGUAGUUCUCUUAUUUUAUACCAGUGUUUGUAGCACUUAUGCUAUGUAUCUGGUGUGUAAAGAAAUUAAUCUGUUUAACAAUGUAGCAAGGGAUUGGACUUUGAUGUUCCAACACUUUUUGCCUGUUGCUUUUGCUUUGUUCUUGGGUAGGGAAAUGAUAUUGCAUAACGUUUUGCAAAUAGCUUUGCUCAAUACAAGUGCAUGUCUUGCUAUUUUUUCCCUUGCAUUCUUUUGCUACAACAUGUACUUAAUAUUUGUAGGAAAAAUGUUGCAGCGGUUACAAAAGAAAACUUUUCGGGAUAGAUCAUUUGGGACAAGAAAUGUAUGUGCAAAUUUUUCUUUAAUUUUUGGGAGUUGUGGUGUGAUGAAUUUUCUUAUGCCAGUUGGCUUUGCCCGUAAUGUUUUGAAAAUUCACUUGCAGUAAACAAUAAUUUUGCCAAUAAACUUGAAGUUCAAUAUUGUGGAUGUCUGUGUGAUCUAUCCAUAAAUUUGUACUUAAUAAAGCUACUUGACUGUAUUGUCAGUACAUUUCAUGCAUGAUUUCAAUAUCUUGAAUGUCAUCAUAAGGGUAAAAGGUAAUUAGUAGUUAAAAAGUUUCACAAUAUUAGUGGGAGUAAUAUUUCUGGUAUGUACAUGAAAAUUCAUGUACUAAAAUGUCAAGUAAAUAAUAUGUUAAAAAAAUUACUUUUAACAGCUCUCUCCUAAGGUUGUGUUACUCUACCAUUAAUUAAUUUAAAGUCAGAUGGAACCACAGCCACGUUCAUGGAUUUAUAAUUAGAAAUUGGCUAGUUAAGUUGCAUCUUGUCAAUCAUGUUUCAUCUCUUAUAAUUUGCCAAAUAGUGGACGUUCCUUCUCAGUAUAACUGAGUAAAUGUAUUACUCAUGGCUGGGAUGACCUAAGGAUGAUAAAAACAUUUUAAUUCAUGUAUUAAACAAAACUUUGGAGAGUACAAGGAUGAAUCUUGCCAAAAUAGAAGAUAGUUGUGUUAUUCAUUUUUAGCUUUGUUGGUAUUCAAUUGUACAUAGAUUUCCUUGCAAUUUCUUUAUUCAUGUUAUUUUCGUGUCAGCAGAUAUAAUAUUGCAUGAAUUUAUUAUUUACCGAAAGAGAAAAUAAUUGGGAGGAUUCAUGUCCUUUUGUUACAGUUAAGCUCUCACUUAAUUAUUAAUAUCUCUGCCUAUAGCUAUGUAGUAACUUACUCUUACAAUUUUGAGAAUUAUUUUGUGAUUAAACAGAAAGAAAACCACCACCUUCCAUCUGAUUAAAUGAUAUGUUUUUGUUUUAUCUGUAUUGUCAGUCUUAUUUAUAGUUCUCAUCUUUAGUUCUAUCUUCUCAGGUUGAUGGUUGAGUAGUUUCUAGAUGUCUGAUGUUCAUAGGAAAGUUUGCCUACGAAACCAUCAGGAAAUAAAUAUUGAAAUUGAGCCAAGGUAGUAAAUUAGAUGGUACUGCUCUUUUAUUAGCCAGCAAAAGAACACUUGGGGCAUAUUUGUAUAAGAUAUUGUUUUUAUAAUAUUGUACAAUGUGAUUAAAAUGUUCAUUUCUAAUCUA